CCGAGAGAUCGCAGCUCAUUCCCAGUUCAUACAAACUUAGGAGCUCCACGUGCUUUUUGGCUUCAUUUGUGCCCAGUUUUGUGUAUCUUCUUCUCCCUGAAAAAAAAAACGGAUAGUUUGGAAAUGGUUCCAGUUUAAAAAAAAUCGCUUCCACAACGUUCGUUUUCUUUUUGUCUGGGCCAGGCUGUUUUUCUUGUAAGAUUCCACCAUCAGGCCCGCGAGAUAAACUCACUCGACGGGUCUCCAAUACUCUCACAUGUGCGGACUAAGCCAAACCCAAUUCCAUUCAUAUACAUUCCAUUAUAUUAUGAUACUUCUUUGUGGCUUGAAAACGGUGCACUGAAUCGACGGAAAGUGUUGGUGAAACAGUUGGAAGUCGACUUGCGCACCGAGUGGAUAAGAAAACGCGAUCGCGGCUCCAUAAAGUGUUCCAUAUUUCUUUUUUUUUUCUGUUGAAAAUCUUGCAGAGUUUCUUGUGUUGAUCACGAAGCUGCGCUUUUCAUCACGUCGGGGUUUUUCCUCUUUAUAAAAAACCCACAAAAAAAAGUUCUGUUUUUUAGUGAUUUAUUGCCCAUUUUUUUUUAACACACAUUUUGCAAAGAAAAUUCGCCACAGAGCCGAAUUACAAUUGCUAAAUGUCGUUCAAUUGCUGUUCAUACGUGAAAGACGUUUGAGAUCGCGCGCGAAGGUAAAGAGAAGGAGAUAUAAGAAACCAUUGGAGUGGCUUUGAGAUAAAAGAGAUCUCUUGUGAAUUGUUGUGGAGUGAAGAAAUCCAAUUGUGGUGACCUCAAAAGGCGGUAGACACAAAAAAAAGUUCGCUGAAAAAUGUCAUAAAAUUACCAAACGGAAAGUGGAAACGAUAUCCGAGCUGUGUUAAAUAUCCCACAGAGAAUUAAUUCAUCUUCAACGGAGUUUUUUUUUUUCCUUCUUACACUCUGUGUGAUCGAGAGAAUCAUCUCAAGUAGCAAAGAGCCCUAUAUUAAAUAAAUAAAAAAAUCCAAGAUGCUGCAGCAAAUUCUACAAGAUAUGCGCGUAGACCAGGAACUCCUGGAAGGUCUCACGGAGACUGAGAAGCAAACUCUCUUCUGCAUUAUGCGUGAAGAGCAGGUGCGUCGAUGGCGUGUGUGGGAUCAGGAGGAGUCCUCCAAACGACGCCAGAGUACAGAUUCCCGCACAAAGUCCGUGGACUUCCUCAUGGGUGAGGAUGGUGAGCCAUGGGUUUGGGUGAUGGGAGAGCAUCCCGAUGAUAAGUCCAUUGAGGAGAUCCUCGCGGAAGAGGCACAACAGAGAGCGCGUGAAUUGGCGGAGAUUGAGGCAAAAGAACUCCGUAAGAGUGUUGAAGUGAAGCUGUCGGAUAUUAUUGAGCUGGAUCAGAUCACGAGCAGUAAACUGGAAGACGAUGAAAUGCCCAAAAUUGAGGAUAUGGAAAUCUACUGUUCUGUCGAUGAGCUGCGCGAGAGGAUCAACAACAGCCAAAAUGCCCCUGCAGUUCCACCAAACAAGCCCACCGGCUACAAGGCAAUCACAAAUUUCAACAUCAACAGCAAUGCCGGCGACAAGAAGCGCGAUGUUCUGCAGGAGAUCUCACUCAACAGCAAGGCAACACAGAAGGUGGCAGCUCGUGUACAGCUGUGGGAGCAACGACUCAUUGGCGAGAGGACAUGUGAGAUCCUCAAGGGGAUGCAGAAGAAGCAACAAGAUGCUGCACGUGAGGCUGAGGAAGCAGCUAAGCAGGAAGAGGAACUAUGGAAAGAACAAGAACGAAAAGCAAAACAGGCUGAAAUUAAGAGGCGAGAAAUUGCAAGAAAAGCCCGCGAAGUCCACCGAAUGUCUCUUAGCUGUGAUCAAGUGGAGGAUGUUGAGGGGCAGAACAAUGAAGAUGCAGCACCAGAGACAAAGCUGAACAACAUGGAGUCCCGUCCGUCUAGCCAUGAUGCCGUAAUGAAGUGGUACAGUGAGGAUGAGGUGCCCAAAGGAGCGGGAGUAGAUGGGCACAGUCGCCCACUCAACUGGUUUCACGGUUUUCUCUCACGAAGUGAAGCUGAGCACCUCCUAAUUCCACAUGCACCAGGAACUUUUCUAGUCCGAGUUUCCGAGAAAAUUUGGGGUUAUGCCAUUUCCUACCGAGACAAUGAUCGGUGCAAACACUACCUGGUCGACGCGUCAAAUGGUCGCUACCAAUUCCUUGGCGCCAAUCAGUUGGUUCACGAAAGUCUCAAUGACCUCAUUCGCUUCCACCAGAUGAUCCCCAUCACAGUCAUCGGGCAGGAACGACUGCGCUUCCCGUGUCCACGUGAUGCAGAGGACUCUACAUAAGGCUGAUAAGCGCGGGAUUGCGUUCCCUCUUAAUUUAAGAGAGAUAAAACCAUUUGAAAUGAAAAAUAAAUUGAAUAGGUCGUCAGUUAAUCCGCGCCUCCCGUUCAUCCGCAUAGACGGGAAUGUCUGCACUUGGAAGACAUUUUUUUGUUAAUGAAUAAAAAUUAAUGUGAUAUGAAGGAUAUAACUGCGACCUCUCUUAUUCUUAAGAGAGGAAUUUACAUCUAAAAAUUUCUUUUUUUGUAGAAAAAAAACCUUUGAAAUGAAAAUGUGUGACAAAUUAGUCAAUUUAGUGAAUAUAGAGUCGAAUUUUGUAAUGUGAAAAAAAAAUUUUCUGCUUAUAUCACAAAAAUGCCUACCAUCUUAAGUCUCUUAAAUACUUUUACACUAUUAAGAUUCCAUAAGUAAAAUUAAGUCAAAUUAAAAGGUUACUCAAGACAAUGCAUUGUAAAUUCUUUCUUAUAAAGUCAAAUAGAUUUUAAAAAGUAAUAUUCCUAAAUUCAAAUUUAAUCAAUCUUAAAAAAAAUUAUCACUUAAAUUAAUUUUAUAUCUUAUUUUAAGAGUUUUUUCUUUAUACAUUUUUUCAUACCAUUAAUAAAGAAAAUUUCCAUUAAGAAAAUAUUUGAAAACUUUAUUCAAAAAAAUGUGAUUUAAAACAAAAAUGUAAAAAAAUAAAUAAAAAGAAAUGAAAAAUAAAUGACAAUCAUGAAAUGUUUGCUGAAAAUUGGUGCUUAAUGAGUCAAUAAAAUAUUAAUUUGAGAGAGAGAGCAAUAAAACACAAAA